AUGUCUGAUAAGCAACGACAAAGACAGGUAUUUCAAACUUUCAAGCAGAAAUACGUUGGUUUGGGAACUGAAGACACCAUGAAGGAAGACUGGUUGAGCAACGUUCGGAAGGACACGUACACGAACAUACAAGGCCAUUCUGCCAUGCUGGAGUAUGUGACGAUCGCCACUGAUGGAAUGACAAGUAAGAAAGACAUGCGGAUGAGUCUCCUGAAGAAGAUGGUCGACACAGAGGAAAAGAAUUAA